AUGGCUGCCCAGCUCACUCCCUCAAAGCAGGUGAGUGAUGUCACGACUCUCGCCUCUCGUGUUCCACGCGCGUCUGAGCCACCACAUACUAACUCUUAUCCUUCUGUGCAGGCUGCUUCCUCUCUCGAGAACCUCAAGAUGAGCGACUCCCCCGUUAAGAAGCUCGACUUCACCUCCGCUGGCAAGGAGAACGGCAUCGCGUCCGUCAAGCCUGUCGACGCGUCAACCGAGAAGCCCACCGAGAAGGCCGUUGUUGAGGCUCCCAAGGUUGCGGCUGGUAUCAAGGCCGCCGAAGCCAACGAGCCCCUCCUGCAGGAGAACCCCCACCGCUUCGUUCUGUUCCCUAUUAAGUACCACGAGAUUUGGCACAUGUACAAGAAGGCCGAGGCCUCUUUCUGGACCGCUGAGGAGAUUGAUCUCUCCAAGGAUCUGCACGACUGGCACAACCGCCUGAACGACGACGAGCGUUACUUCAUCUCUCACGUCCUUGCUUUCUUCGCUGCUUCCGAUGGCAUUGUCAACGAGAACCUACUUGAGCGUUUCAGUGGAGAGGUUCAGGUUCCUGAGGCUCGCUGCUUCUACGGUUUCCAGAUCAUGAUGGAGAACAUCCACUCCGAGACCUACUCCCUGCUUAUUGAUACCUACAUUAAGGAGCCCAAGCAGCGCACCUACCUGUUCGAUGCUAUUGAUACCAUUCCUUGCAUUCGCAAGAAGGCUAACUGGGCCAUUCGCUGGAUCCAGGACAGUGAGUCUACCUUCGCUCAGCGUCUGGUUGCAUUUGCUGCCGUUGAGGGUAUCUUCUUCUCCGGUUCAUUUGCUUCCAUCUUCUGGUUGAAGAAGCGUGGUCUCAUGCCUGGUCUGACUUUCUCCAACGAGCUUAUCUCUCGUGACGAGGGACUCCACACUGAUUUCGCCUGUCUGCUCUUCUCCCACCUCAACAACCGCCCCAGCAACCAGGUGGUUGAGGACAUCAUCGUCGAGGCUGUCGGCAUUGAGAAGGAGUUCCUGACUGAGGCUCUUCCUUGCGCUCUGCUUGGCAUGAACUCCAACCUGAUGUGCCAGUACAUCGAGUUCGUUGCUGACCGUCUCCUGCUCGCUCUUGGCAACAAGAAGUACUACAACGCCACCAACCCCUUCGACUUCAUGGAGUCUAUCUCUCUGGCCGGUAAGACCAACUUCUUCGAGAAGCGUGUCGGUGACUACCAGAAGGCCGGUGUCAUGGCCAGUGCCAACAAGAAGGAAACCCCUGAGGGCGAACAGACCCCCGCCAACAAUGGCCUCAGCUUCGAUGAGGACUUCUAG